AACAGUCACACAGAAGUUAGCAGUACGGUGUAAAUAAUCCUGGUACAAAGUUUUUACCCGCCUGUUACUCGAACUUGUGGUGGAUUCCUUCUUAAACUUUCCCAGAUGCGGUGGUCGUCUGAGAAACAGCGUCUACUCCGCGUCGGAGAGGAUACUGGGUCUGAGUCUGGUCAAGACAGGUCGACUCCCUCUUCUUGAACCAGUUACAAUAUCUGGCAGCAUGGUCAAUGGGUUGAACGUGACGUUCGCCUUCAAACUCGGCGAUGGUUCGGAAACAUUGGAACCUUCAGAGGAGCCCCUGAUUCGCCAUAUUUAUGACCAGCCUGGGUCUUAUGUUGUCUCCAUGGAAGCGACCAAUCCCAUUACGGGCUCGAUAACAGUGUCAGAGAUGUAUGACGUCGAUGAUCCCCUGGGACCUAUAGAGCUGCAUUGUCCACACUCGGCCCCUCUAGGAUCAUGGGUAGAGUGUAACGGCUCACUGAUUCGAGGAUCGCGCAUCAAUAACACUUUCCUGUUUGGCGACGGAAGUCAUGAGUUCAUCUCACUGAGUAAGUCAGCCGCAUGAUUUGGAAGGAUUGCCGAAUGACGUACAGCCUUUGUGCUUUCUAAGGGGCAGGGGUGGGGGGUGGGGGUGAUUAUUUUGUUUUGUAUGCUGUCGGGAAGUACCAUAGACUAGUUCCUGGCGUGAUGGACUCUAGAUCAAAUGGUCCUGAUAAUAUGAUUAACUGCGUUAUCGUUUUUUGCAAACAAAAAAUGUAAACAUCUAAACUCAGGUAAAGGAACCGAAGAAUCCACUUUGGGCAAAGAUUCUUCGGUUCCUUUGAUGCCCCAUGAUCCGAGACAUCUUGAAUUAAUCUGUUUAGAAAAGAAACGCAAAUCCGUCUUCGGAUUUAAGAAUCCAAUCUUGGAUUUUCUUAAAGCAACGCAUCCUUACUUUUGAGUCACACACGCGAGCGAAAAGCGAGUCAGCGAGCACAGCGAUUCGGCCUGGAGGAGUCUGGUGCUGGGAGCAGUCUGGCCUUGCGCUUGCGUGUGUGCUUCCCAAAAGCGAGCCUGCUCGCAGGCUAUGGAUAAUGCUAUUGACCGAAUGAAUUGGACAUCCGGACGAGGAGUAAAAGUAGGCACCGACAGAUGCUAGGACAACCUGACGAAACAGAAUUCUGAGGAGUAACCUGGGAUGGACUCAAAGAUCAUCCAGAGACGAGUAGCAACUCUUCCAGUCACUAUAUGCUACAGAUAGCGGUUAAAAUCGUUUUGAAACUGUGCAAAAGGCUUAUCGUUUAAUAACUCUUCUUUUUAAAUUUGUCAUUAGGUUCUCGCUAUUACAACGCCGGACCACACAUUCCUCGAAGCAACAAUACGUUAAAUCUGCUCUCGUCGAGUCCUCAAGGCACAAUCGUGUCGCCAGCUUAUGAGUUCCGGCACGACGGUACAGUUACUGAAUGGGAGUUUGAAGGAGCAAAG